GGGCCCUCGGGGUGGGCGGGGCCAGGCGGGAGCGACCUGAGGAAGCAACAAGAUGGCGGCGGAGACCGUGGAGCUCCACAAGCUGAAGCUUGCUGAACUGAAACAAGAAUGUCUUGCCCGUGGCCUGGAGGUGAAAGGAAACAAACAGGAUCUCAUAAACAGACUCCAGGCCUACCUUGAUGAACAUGCUGAAGAAGAAGCAAAUGAAGAAGAUGUUUUGGGAGAAGAAACAGAGGAAGAAGAACAGAAACCGGUAGAGCCUCCUGCUAAAGAGGAAGAACCUCCUGAAAAAUCAGCUGAUGUGGGUGCAGAAAAGAAAGUGGUGAAAAUAACAUCAGAAAUACCACAGAUGGAGAGAAUGCAGAAACGGGCUGAGAGAUUCAACGUCCCCGUGAGCUUGGAGAGUAAGAAAGCGGCGCGAGCAGCUCGGUUUGGUAUGUCCACAGCUUCAACUAAAGGUCUGUCUGCAGACAGCAAGCCUAUGGUAAACAUGGAUAAAUUAAAGGAAAGGGCUCAGAGAUUUGGUUUGAAUGUCUCUUCAGUCUCCAAGAAGAGCGAAGAUGAUGAGAAGUUGAAGAAGAGGAAGGAGCGAUUUGGCAUUGUAACGAGUUCGGCUGGGGCUGGAGCCACAGAAGACACAGAGGCAAAGAAGAGGAAAAGAGCAGAACGCUUUGGGAUUGUCUGAUGUCUGUCCAUUUUAGGCUUUCCCUGUUGGGUGGGGAGCACGCUCACGUGUGUGC